CACAAAAAAAUGCGCAUUUGUUCUUCUUCGCCAAUCCCUCUCUGUGCCCUUUCUGUGGAAAAAAGUAAACUCAGCAAAAGUCUUUAAUUCUACUCCUCUGAUCCUUCAAUUUCGUAUCCUAAAACCCAUUUAAAAAAAGAAAACUCUUUUGUUUCCUCACCGGUAAAAUCGUCUGAUCUUUUCAGAAUCUUGUUUUAUUUUGUUGGCGGCAAGGUUCUGUUUUUUUGCCUUUUUUGUCGGAGAAGUAAACAAAGACUAUAUUUUGACGAUUUGGGUUUGUGUCUUACUUUUGGUUUGUGUCUUGGAAGAGAGAAAUGAUAGAUAUCCCUGGGGCACCAGGGACUUUGACUGGUCUUGUCUUGAGAAUUUCUCAGUGUGUUUUUGCCGCUGCCUCUAUUUCUUACAUGGUUACCUCCGGUGGAUUCUUCAGCUACACUUCUUUCUGCUACCUAAUUGCAGCAAUGGGUUUGCAAGUCAUAUGGAGUUUUGGUCUUGCAAUACUAGACACCUUCGCUUUAUUUACAAAGAAAACACUUGUUAGCCCGGUUUUGAUCAGCCUCUUUGUAGUUGGAGACUGGGUAACAUCAACAUUGUCUCUAGCAGGAGCCUCGUCCUCUGCAGGGAUAACGGUUUUAUAUUUUGGGGAUUUAGGAAGCUGCACUUUUGAAGCAGAGUGUUGGAGGUAUCAACUCUCUGUUGCUUUAGCUUUCCUUUCUUGGAUCACAAUCGCCAUUUCUUCACUUACCACUCUUUGGCUACUUGCUUCUGGAUAACUCAACAACCGCAUUCACUUGUACAAGUUCCAUAUGUAUACAUACUCUUAUUAGACAAAAGCCAUUUUAAAGAUUUUUGAUUCUUUAUUUUGUUAAUAGAAACAAUUAUAUCUUUUUUUCUUAACUCUUCAGUGUAUACUCAAUUUUAUGUAACUUUUUGAUGUUUUAAAAGUAUACUUCUUAUGUAAAUUAACAGUUAAAAGCCAUUUUCUGUAAA